GUCGUGCAGUUUACAAUUGGACACUACUGUAGUCGCGAGGGUUGUGUCGACUCUAAACUUUGCAGCUUUGUUGUUGUCUGUGUGUUAACGGUGUUGUUCGGCUCCUCAUGGAGAUAUUCGGGAGCGCGUUUGACGACUCUGUGUUUUUGGAGGCGAGAGCCCGAGUCCGCGUGACUCUGUCUGCGUACAAUGCCAAACUGUGUGAACCAGAGUGGUUCUGUGAGAGUGCUGCUCUCGAUACAGACGAUUCUCUGGAGAAGCAGAAAGUUCACAAGUUCAGAGGCGACUUGGCCUUGAGACAAGAGAACUAUCAGAAAGCCUUGGACGCGUACAGCUGCUGUCUGGAGUGGCUUGACGACAAAAACAUGACCAUCAAAAGAGAUGUCCUGGAGGGAAUGGCCCGAUGCUGCACAAAACUCGGACAGAGAGACAGGGCACUGGACUUGGCUGACCUACUGAGCAAAGACGCCUCCAACACCUGUCACCUGAUCAGCCUCCUGCUGCUUAAGGUGAGCAUCUACCAGCAUUUUGGAGUUGUCGGACCAAAGGUGUCGUCUCUGCAGCGGUUGUGUUGUCUGCUGCCCUUCAACCCCUGGCACUGGCUCAACCUGGGCCAGACGUGUCUGCAGCUGCUGGACAACGGUAGCACGAGAUCCUAUCCCUCUAAGAGAAAAGAAGAAGAGCAGACUGAUGGAGGGACAGAGGAGGAGGAGCAGCAGCAGGAGGAUGAGGAGGCAGCAGACAUGGAUGAAGACAGACUCCGUCUCAAAGCUUGCACUUGUUUCCUCAGGACGAGACUCCUGUUGACGAUCCUUCGGCAGCAGCAGUCCUCCUUUGUGUUGCAACGCAGUGAACGUGCCCUGCAGACGACAGACGAGGCGCUACAGCGGCUGAACCCCAAAGAAUCAACGCUGCACACGCUCACUGAGGUGAUGUCAGAGGACCUGGUUCCAGAGAAGAUGAGGGAAGACUACCAGGACGGGGAGAGUCUGGCCAGUGUGUGUGUGCAGAGUUUCAGAGAGCGCUGGUGGAACAAGAUCUUACACACCGGCGUGUCAGAGACUGACGGAGAUCUGUGUCGGACAAUGCCGGACACAACGUCCUGAUGUAGAAUGUUUACCGAGGGGACUGGAGAACCUGCUUCAGCCACCGGACAGAUCCCAUCAAAUGACAACAGACAGAAGGAAUGAACUGAAAGACAGAUCCUGGGCCUCAACCAUAUCAAAAAUACAUCUCUGUACCUCUGUAAGUCACUACUACAGUUCUAAUGUUAACUUUAAAUGCUGAAAAUAACCACAAAAAAACACGUUGAAAUGUAUAAAUCACAUUUACGACGUAACAUGUUGAUUCGUGUAAACAACCCAGACGUACAUGAAUGUUUCAUCCACUUCAUACUGGCGAAACAUAAUUUAUAGCAGUGAUUCUAUUCGGCUUUGAAAUAGGAAACAAAGUGAGACAUUUUAAUGUAUUUUUUUAAGUCUAAAAUGCAGCUGAAGCCAUAUGUCCAUAAAACAUUAAAGUGUUAGAAUUGUAUUUUUUUGCAGCUGAAAUUUUUUACAGCAUAAAGCAGUCAUCAUAUUUACAUGGACAAUAAAAAAGUCCUGACAAA